AUUGGUUGGCGUGAGGAAACAUUCUUAGUGCCUGCUCUGACAUGUGGGCGCAGUGUCAGUCCAGUGGUGCGCUCCGCUGCUGGAGAGGCUUUCUGUUGGGAACUUUCUGUAAGUGAGUCAACACGGCACAGGGAGGACGCCACCCAGCCCCGCCGCUGGAUCCAAAUGCUGGGCUUCUUUCUUGCCCUCCCGAGGACGCAGGACACAAGAGACAACUUCACUUUCGACCUCUUCGCAAAGACCGGGGAUUUAUCGUUUAGCCUUCGUGAGCGGGGAUGGUUUUUGUCGUUUUGACGCGGCUCUUUCCUCUGUGGAAUUAACGCGGCGGAGGAGAAAUGAAAGUGACGGUGUGUUUCGGGAGGACCCGGGUGGUCGUUCCGUGCGGAGAUGGGAAUGUAAAAGUCUUUUACCUGAUCGAACAAGCGGCCAUGAGGUAUAAGAAGGCGAUCGCAAAGGACCCCAGCUACUGGGUCCAGGUCCACAGAUUGGAACAUGGAGAUGGAGGCAUUUUGGACCAGGAUGACAUGCUGUGUGAUGUGGUGGAUGACAAAGAUAGGGAUGGUACCAGUGCCAGCUCCACAGGUACACAGAGUCCAGAACCCUUUGCCAGUGACAUGAGUUCGGCAUCGGCCUUCCAGCCCUACCAGGCCAACAGUGAGAUCGAGGUCACCCCAACCGCUCUGCGGUCAAAUAUGCCUCUCCAUGUCCGUCGCAGCAGUGAUCCCUCCCUGGCCGGCCUUCCUCCGGGCGAAGUCCUGGUGGGUCCAGAGGAACCGUCCAGAAAGAAUCCAACUCGCUGGUCCACAACUGCUGGCUUUCAAAAGCACAACCAUAAACCAAAUACAAGUGCAGGCACCGGCAGCCUGGAACGAAAGGGUAGAGGAGGGCAUGCCUAUCGGAGUCUUCCUCGUGAUGCAAGUGGCUGGACCACUCAGUUCCAGAGAGAGAUGACUCGAUCUUCGCUCAGCGCCAACCAUCCAAUGGUGGACCGAUGGCUUGACCGGCAAGAACAGGAGGAGGAGGAAGAAGAGCAAAGGAGACAAGAAAGGAGGAUUGAACGGAUAGAGCCAGUAGGGAGAGCUGAUUCUUCAUUGGAACAUUCACCUGUGUUAAACCUAGAAGGCAUGCUCAAGCCGGUGGAGGUGUCCAAUGAAGGAGGGCCCCUGGGUAUCCACGUAGUGCCUUUCAGUGCGCAGGACAUCAGGACUCAGGGCCUGCUAGUGAAGCGUCUGGAGCGUGGGGGCAAAGCAGAGCAGGAGCGUCUCUUCAAGGAGAACGAUUGUAUCGUCAAAAUUAAUCAGGGAGACAUUCGCCACCUGCGCUUCGAACAAGCCCAGAACAUUUUCAGACAGGCAAUGCGAUGCCCGGUCAUCCUCUUCCAUGUAGUCCCCGCAGCUAUGAAGAGGCAGUACGAGCUGCUUGCGGCCCAGAGUGAGCUCAGCCCUCCACAGUCCAACAGAGUCCGCUUUAGCCAAGAUUCUCAGCUGCCAGGGGACAGGUCCAGCCUGGUGGGGGGGCUGAUGUCCAGGUCUGGACCAGAACCAGGCCUCAACCACAACCAUCAGGGACCCCUGGCAGGAAGCACUCCAGAGCCAAGUCGACGGUACGCCACAUUACCCCACAACUUGGUCUCCAGGACCUCGUCAGCCCCCUCUCCCUCCCUGCAGCGCAGGGUAAGCACAAACCCGUCCACCAGCUCCUACCUGAAGAACAAAGGCCGCAGGUUCAAUAUCCAGCUGAAGAAAGGUCCAGAGGGUCUUGGGUUCAGCAUCACUUCCAGAGACGUCCCCAUUGGUGGCAGUGCUCCCAUUUAUGUCAAAAACAUCCUUCCUCGAGGGGCCGCAAUCCAAGAUGGCAGAUUAAAAGCUGGAGACCGGCUGCUGGAGGUUAGUGGAGUGGACCUGAAUGGUAAGAGCCAGGAAGAGGUGGUGGCCCUGCUCCGAGCCACGCCCAUGGGUGGGACUGUGAACCUGUUGGUGAUUCGCCAAGAGGACUCCCUGCUGCCCAGAGAAGUGCAGCCAGAAGAAGAUGACAUGGUGUUAACACCUGAUGGUACAAAAGAGUUCAUGACCUUUGAGAUCCCUCUGAAUGACUCGGGCUCAGCAGGCCUGGGGGUCAGCGUCAAGGGUAACCGGUCCAAGGAGAACCACACUGACUUGGGCAUCUUUGUGAAAUCCAUUAUCAAUGGAGGUGCUGCUAGCAAGGAUGGGCGUCUACGUGUUAACGAUCAACUCAUUGCAGUCAACGGGGAGUCAUUGCAUGGGAUGACCAACCAGGACGCCAUGGAAACGCUUCGCAAAUCCAUGUCUGUAGAGGGCAACAAGCGAGGGAUGAUUCAGCUCAUUGUGGCGCGGCUGGUGUCCAAAAACAAUGAGGAAGCCCCUGGCAGCCCACCAGUUUUAGAGCAUCCUGUGAAUUCUCCACUGGACAACCAUGAGCGCCGGAUUUCCCACUUGUAUGAAACCAUCGAAGGCUUGGACAACAUCUCCACACCGCUGACUAAUAUGAUGGGACGCAUUGGUAACUACCAGCUCUCUCCAACUGUGAACAUGCCGCAGGACGACACAGUGAUGAUCGAAGACGAUAGGCCGCCCCUGCUUCCUGCCCACCUUUCCGACCAAUCAUCCUCCAGUUCCCACGAUGACAUGGGCUUUGUGGGAGAGAACCCGGUGCCCUGGAUCCACGAGCUGCCUGAUCAGAAUGAAUGCUCACUCAGUCCAGAUGCAGACGCUGACGGUUCGUUCCAGAGGGAGGGCUUUGGUCGCCAGAGUAUGUCAGAGAAACGCACCAAACAGUAUGAAAACGCUGCUCACCUGGAGAUCGUCAAGACACGCAAGUCCAAGAGCAUGGAUCUAGGUUCCGCAGAACAAGAGGUCGGACCCUCCCUGGGCCUGAAAAAGUCCAGCUCCCUUGAAAGCCUCCAGACGGCUGUUGCCGAGGCAAAAAUAAAUGGUGAGAUCAACGUUAACAGGCCACGCUCACGGAUCGUCAGGGGCCGCGGCUGCAAUGAAAGCUUCCGAGCUGCAAUUGACAAAUCGUACGAGAAACCUGGCGUCACAGAGGCAGAAGAAGAGAACAGCAUGGAGACUUUGGACGAGGACACAGAGGGAAGUUCCAGAUCUGGUCGGGAGUCAAUGUCCACCAGUGGCGACCUCAUUGUGCGCCCUGGGCUGAACGGCUCCAUCUCCAAAGCUGACAGACAGAAAGAUCGGGACAAGGUUGGGGGAAAGGAAAAGAAGAAACCUGACAGGGAUAAAGAGAGGGAGAAAGACAAGGACAAGAACAAAGCCAAGAAAGGCGUGCUGAAGGGCCUGGGCGAUAUGUUCAGGUUUGGAAAGCACCGGAGGGAUGAGCGGCCAGGAGACAGGAUGGAGAGGAAGGGCUCCAGUAAAUCUAAAGCUGAGGACAUGCAGGCGUCAGAAGAGGAGACCCUGCGGAUGAGGCUGGAACAAGAGAGGAUCCAGGCCAAGACACGGGAGCUUCGGGAGAGGCAGGCAAAGGAGAGGGAAUAUGCUGAGAUCCAAGACGUUGUCAGCCGCACGUUCAGCUCAGAUGAGGAACACACCUACGCUGGCAUCGAAUCAUUAGACUCGUCGGUGGAUAGCAGCAGCAUGGACCCUUACAAUCACCACUACCAUCUUCCUCAGAGUCCCCAGAGUCCUCACCUCCCCAUGAGCCUUCCGGACAAUGGUCCACCCCUGGAAGCUCUGUAUGCCCAGGUCAACAAGCCACGCAAUGGAUGCCCUGCAGCUCCAGACAGCAGUGACAUGGCUCCCAGUAACCACGACCGGAUACAAAGGCUGAGGCAUGAGUUCCAGCAGGCCAAGCAGGAAGAGGACCCCAAGGACCUUCAGCACACCUACAGCUUUAACCAGUCCUGGGUGAGCAAUGGGACGGAGACACAGAGCGGACGCCAUUCAGUAACAGUCGAUUCUCAGGUCCAGAAACAGCAGCAAGAGGACAGAGACGGUUUCCAGCAAGCACAAAGACAGUACAGCUCCCUGCCACGGCAACCUCGCAAGAACCCCAGCACGGUGUCCCAGGACUCAUGGGACAAGGCGUACAUGCCCGCAGAGGGAUUCCAGACAUCCAAGGAGAACCCCCGCUACUCUGGUGGCCAGGGAUCACGAAACGGCUACCUGGGAACGUCCAGCUUCAACGCCCGUGUCCUCCUAGAGACUCAGGAGUUGCUGAGGCAGGAGCAGAGACGCAGAGAGCAGGAGGCCAGCAAAGCCAGGCCACCUCCUGCACAGGAAACCCCCAGCGGCAGCACCUACGACCACAACAGAGACCACACUCAAGCCCCAGUCUCUGCCCCGGUGCAGGCCCCGCCUCAGUCCAAGGGCCCCUACAGACAAGACGUACCCCCGUCGCCUUCUCAGCUUGCCAAGCUCAGCAGACUUCAGGGUUCAGAGAAAGGGAGGCUGUUUUACUCCUGAGACUGUAGCAAGGAACUGUAAAUGUUUGAGAGAGUAGGACUGAUUAAGAUGCAUUAACUGGGAAAAACACAAAGAGGGCAAUGAGUCUGUUUUUAUAAAAAGCUGAGAUACAAAGAUUUUUAUUGGACUGCUGAAAGAAAAUGUUAAUAUUUAAAAAAAGAUUUUCUAAUGAUAUGAACCAUUAUCUGUUUGUUGUCACAAAAAGAAAUGAUUCCAGAUCUUUUUCUAUCCAGCAUCAUGAUCAUCUAACUAUGUGUAUAAGUGCCUUCUUGUCCUUCAAUUGUUCACCUUUUUUAGGAACAGCCCCAUUUCUUUUGGCUCAUGAUGUGCCGCUUUGACCCAUCCAUCUGACACAUUCAGUAGAGGCAGACAUCACAGCAGAAGGCAAGGUUUGAGCCAUCACUGCAUCGCCACAUGUGACAGCAGUCUGACCUAAACAUCAUAACAGCAAGCACAAGGCACGGCCCAGGCAAUUUCUUUUGUACCACUCGGCACUGGCGGGGAUCUCAGUCAAUACCACGCUUGUGUGAAUGAGGCUUAUUUCUGCUGUUCAUGCGGACUUUGUUGAGCACUUCCGCGUUUCUGUGUGUGAAGUUUGUGUGAACGUAUGUGUGUGUGAGUGCUGGCAGGAGUGGGCGAGUGGUGACAGAGUGUGGAGGUUAAGCAGUUUGUGUGAACUGUGGAGUCAGAGCUUGACCGCUCACCCCCUCCUCAGCUCAGAGAAAUGUCCUUUUUGGUUUCAGAUACUGAGUGUGUAUCCUCCUUCCAAGCCCCUCUUGUAAUCAGUAUGAUAAUCCUGAAUUCUCUCUUCCUCUGGUGGCCGCUUUAUCUCCCUUUUUUUCCCUUCACAUUGUCACCCUCACCAUACGGCACUCUCACUGGAGGAAAACAGCUUUAGAUUUCCUUUAUUCCUACCCUGUCCCACCCACCCGGGAAAUCCAGCUGUAUAAAUGGGGUCAGGUCUGGGUUAUUAAUUAUUGUUCCUCAUUAAAAAUGAAUGGGGCCCCUUUGUGUGUGUGUGUCUGUUGUCAUGUAUGACGAGAAGGAAGAAACAGCGACCUUGUCGGCGUGGCUCUGGCCCCGGCCUUGCCUAGAAUGAUUUGGCUGUAACCGAAGACUGUUGGCCCCUAGGUGUCUGAGUUGUUCCUCGCUGAAUAUUUCAUCAGGGUGGUUACAUUGGAAGCCACAUCGGCUCUGCAGUGGGUGGCCUCAGUGUGGGACUGCGUAUCCAUCAGCCCGAUACAAUAGAGCUGAUUUUGUUUUCCUUUCAUGAUUAUGUCCAUUGCUAGAAAACCAGUUGGGAGCUUUCCAGUUGUUCAAUCGAUAAUUAGUGGUGCAUUUUUCAAAGUGUGUGUCAGAGUCUAUAUGUAUGGCCCUCUGUGUAUUUGUGUCUUUGUGUGUGUAUUUCUGUGUUCCUGUAUUUCCAUCCUUGUAAGAACAAGAGCCAGAAUUUUGAGCUUUAGUUGUCAUAUCGAGGCAGUUAUAAUGAGGUCCAAAUUACUUAAUUGAUAAGAAAAAGUUAAGAAAUUACACUGACUUACUGUUUAUUGGACCAGAUUUUAGGGGCCAUUUUGCCCUUUGAUACAUUUACAUGCACUCAAGAAACCAGGUUAGAGAUAACAGUUACUGUAGUAACCUGGUUACAGUAAAUCUGUGUACCUGUGCAGCAGGUCAGAUUUCUGUCCUAGCCCAUUAGCAUUAACUAUUUAUUUUAACUUUAACUUUAAACAAGACAACCCGUCUCAUUUAGACUUCUAAAAGCUACUUUGUGUCAGUGUCAGUUUCAGUUUUAGUCAGACUUGCAUUGUUUUAUGUAAUGAUCUUUCCUUCUGUAAAGGAGCAGCACUACUUUCCCUGUCUGAAGUCUUUGCCAUGCAAAUGUAAAAUGCUGAUUAGAAACCAAGGUACAAAUAUACAUGGCCAUAGAAUCGCGUUCACCAGGAGCAAUCUGUCUGGUUUCUGUAAUCCCCCACCCCGAUUAUGGAAACCAGGUUUCGGGUUUACAUGAUGUUUAUGAAAUCACCACCAACUGUUUCCUGAUUACUUACUGUAAGUGCAUGUAAAUGCUCUGCUUUUUAGAAAUGGUGCAGGAACUGCACUGCCAUAUUUGCAAGACACAGUUUUUAGUAGUUGUUUAAAUUAAACCUUCAUGUGCAAACACAUAAUUAUCCAUUGUCAUGAACAAGCUGUUGCUCAUACAGAAAGAAUGAUUGUCUGUGUCCUAUUAUUAAACAUUUGAAUUCAUUUGUGACUCUAAACACAAUCAUAAACCUUUAUGAUUGAGACUAGAAAGAGAAUUAAGGUUUCCAUUAGGCAUGCAGUGGUUAGAGUAGGAUCUAUAGGUUUAUUGGGGCUCAGGUUCUGUGGCCCUCACAAGUUCAUGAAAUAAUUUGUGUUCUCACACAUACAAGGGUAUGUAAAAUACAGCACUAGUAUGUUUGUUUAUCUGCCAAUGUUUCAGUGUGUGUGUAUGUGUGUGUAGGUGGACAUGUGUUUAAGUGUCUGUGAAGGCUGCCAGUAACUGGAUGCUCCAAUAUGUCUAUGAAUAUGUCUUGGCAGCCAUAUGAACCACUUGGCUGCUGAGAAGGAGAAGAGCAGAGGAGUAGGAGGGAGAAAAGAUGGGAGGCCUGACCUUGCAGAUGAUUCAGUCAAUGGAGUAAUCACAACUAUUCCUCUGAGUCGGCAGUACAAACAGGAGGUUACCAACAAGCCUGCGCUCACUUUUGCUGUCUCUUUUUCCUCUUCAUUUAUCUUCUUCAUCUGUCUGUCAGUUUCACAUGGCUGUUUGUUUUACUCUGGAGCAGAAUUAAACUGGGUCUGAUUUGUAUGGGGGAAAGUGACUGUGUGUGUGUGUGUGAGGGUGAGGGGGUUAAGCUCUGACACAGCAGCUGUUUUAACUGAUGCUUCCAUGGGGACGGGUUCAAGUGCCUGCAAUAUCUAACAAGUUUUUUUUUAUCAUAUGCAAAUUUGAUAAUAU